AUGGAAGGAAAUACAGUAGAAUCAAAUUGUAUUUUAGAUAAAUAUGGAUCUUUUGCCAGUGUUAACAAAAAUGUUGAAGUGCAAGCUUACAUUGAUGGUCAUGAUUACUUUCAAGCCAUAGAAAAAGCUAUCAAUGCGGCCAAUAAAGAAGUCUUGAUUAUGGGAUGGUGGCUUUCUCCUGAACUUUAUCUUUUGAGACCUUGCGAUAAAAAUGACGAAAGUCUUCGUCUUCACUCUCUUCUCAAGAAAAAAGCUGAUGAUGGAAUCAAGAUUUUCAUUAUACUUCAUCGAGAGCAACCAGAAUAUUUUAAAAUAGAUUCUCAACAUAGUGAAGACAUGUUGCAACAUGAUAAUAUUUUUGUCUUGAGACACUCUUCUGGUACCUUUAUGUCAGUUGCUUUCGAUAAUUUGAUUGAUGUUUUCGACUUGCAAAUUCCUAAUGUUGACUGCAUGAACUUGGCUUGGUAUCAUAAUGAGAAAAUUGUUAUUAUUGAUCAAUACGAAGGAUUUAUCGGUGGUAUAGAUUUGUGCUUUGGUCGUUAUGAUACUAAAGAACAUAUUCUUACCGAAGCUUCUAAUACUUCUGAGAGUAAUGAAAUUUGGCCUGGAAAGGAUUAUUCCAAUCCCAGAAUUAAAGAUCUUGAAUUUGUGCAUGUAUGGAAAGAAUCUUUGAUCAAAAAAUCAAAAGACGCAAGGAUGCCAUGGCAUGAUAUUUCUGUUUCUUUGAAAGGAAAAUGUGUGCUGGAUCUCGUCUCACAUUUUAAUCAGCGAUGGGAAUUAAUUAAAGGAAAACAGAUUAAUAUUUUCACUCCAGGAAUUCACAGUUCUCCGAGGCAGAUUUCUGAAAAUACGAUUAACUUUAAUAAUAAUGGUACUUGUACUGUCCAAAUUCUUCGAAGCUGCGGAAAUUGGAGCAAUGCCAUUGACCCUGAGAAAUCUAUACAAAAUGCCUAUAUUGAUAUGAUUGAUAAAGCUGAACAUUUCAUUUAUAUUGAAAAUCAAUUUUUUCUUACAUCUACUAAAAAUAGACAUGAAAAACAUUCUAAAAACCUGAUCGGUGAGGCUAUCGCUGCUCGCAUUAAAAGAGCAAUUGAAGAAGAAAAUGAAGAUAGUCGAUUUAGAAUAAUUAUAAUAUUAUCUUUACUCCCAGAAAUUUCAGGUGAUCUAGAUUCAAAUAACCUACAAUUAUGUCAAAUUGUCCGCUAUCAAUAUCAAUCUAUCCGAGGUUUGAUGAGCACUAUUUCAGAAAUUUGCAAAGAAAAGAAAAAGUUACCAGAAGACUAUAUUACAUUUUAUGGACUUCGUAAUUGGGGUAUUAUUGGAAAAAAUAAACAAGAUUUAUUCAAUUCAAAGGAUUUUAAAGACAUCUCUGCUAAAGAUAUUGUCGCUGAGCAGGUGUACGUUCAUUCUAACAUUAUGAUUGUUGAUGACAGAAGAGUAAUUUGUGGUUCAGCAAAUUUGAAUGAUAGAUCGAUGACUGGUGAUUGUGAUUCUGAAAUUGCUGCUAUAAUAGAUGAUACUAAAAUGAUUGAUUCUAAAAUGAAUGGCAAAUUGUGGAAAGCAAGUAACUUUGCUUACAUACUUCGAAAAAAACUUUUCAUGGAACAUAUCGGUCUUUCCGACGAUAAAGAUCAUUUGGUGGUAGAUCCUAUAUGCGAUUCCUUUUAUAAAGAUUUAUGGCUUAAUAAAGCUAAGUAUAAUACUAAAAUUUUUAGAAAUAUUUUCCAUUGUAUUCCGGAUGAUAAUGUUUUAAGUUGGAAAGCUUGUAAAGAAUUUGUUUCCAAAUCAAAUCCAGGUCAUAUGUGUUCAAGUCAUGCAAUUGACGAAGUGGCAGAACAGCUUGCAAGAGUUUAUGGUCAUUUAGUACAAUUUCCCUUACAAUUUAUGAAAAGAGAAAAAUUCUUUGAUUAG